AUGGGGAAACGUUUCCUCCACCAGCUACUCGCCGUCGUCCUUGCACUCUUCGUCUCGCCGGCGAGAUCGGGCGACUGGCUUCCGGCCACGGCCACGUUCUACGGCGGCGCUAAUGGCUCCGACACAAUGGGUGGCGCAUGCGGGUACAGCGAUCUGUACGAGCAGGGCUACGGCAUCAACAACGCGGCGCUGAACACGGCGCUCUUCAACGACGGCGCGUCGUGUGGACAGUGCUACGUCAUCAUCUGCGACAGCAGCAAGACCGGGUGGUGCAAGCCCGGCAACAACUGGGUCGUUGUCUAUGCCACCAACUUCUGCCCGCCCAACUGGGACCUCCCCGCCGGCGGGGAGCUCCCUGCCGCCGGCUGCGCCGGCAUCAUCCCCGUCCUCUACCAGCGGGUCAAGUGCUGGAAGAGCGGCGGCGUGCGAUUCACCAUCGCCGGCUUCAACGGCUUCUACAUGGUGCUCAUCACCAACGUCGUCGGUAGCGGCUCCAUCCAGAGCAUGGCGAUGAAGGGCAGCAACACGGACUGGAUCCCCAUGUACAGGAACUGGGGCGCCAACUGGCACUGCCUCUCCGGCGGGCUCGUCGGCCAGGGCCUCAGCUUCGCGCUCGUCUCCAUCGGCGGCCAGAACCUCGUCUUCAAGGACGUCGUGCCGGAGUGGUGGCAGUUCGAACAAACCUUCACCACCUACCAGAAUUUCGACGACUAA